CAAAGAAAAUGAAGUAUUUUGUUUUAGUGCUCUGUGUUUUGUUUUCUGGAGUGCUUUCGAAAACUGCAUUAAAACGCAAUGAUUCUGAUAAAGAUGGAAAGAACAGUCCACUGAUAUGGUUCAUGAUACAACAGUUAAAUGCUUUAGGAGCACGUGUGGAAAAACUCCGAGAUAUAGCACAUGAAAGUCAAAAAGACAUGAUUUCUAUGAAAAGAGACAUGGCUGAUUUGAAAUCUAGAAACGGAAACGUCGCCAUUGACAAAAAGGAGCAGUCGCUUGAUGAAAUAAAUUUUAAAGUAAUUGCAGUAGCUAACAAAAAGAAAAUCGACAAACUUACGUCAAAAUUAGAUAAGUUCGACACAGUCGCAAACAAAAAGAAAUUCAACCGUCUGGAGGCAAGAUUAGAUAAGUUUGACAAUAGCAAACUCGACAAGCAAAUUAAGCAGGCGCUUUCACAGAUUAGAAGAUUCAACGAGAACCAUGAUAACAUCGGUGGAGGAGAUACAUAUGUGCGGUGGGGUCGAUCUACUUGCCCAUCAAAAAAUGGAACUACACUUGUAUAUUCUGGUUUCGCAGGUGGUGGAUAUUACGCCGCUGUCGGAGCACCUGCAGAGCCCGUAUGUCUUCCAACAGACCCUAAUUUCUUAAAAACAUCUGGUACCAAUAGCGCUUUCAUAUACGGUAUGGAAUAUCAAUCCAAAUUUUUUGGUUCGAAUGCUAUUAAUCAGGAUGCUCCUUGCAGUGUUUGCCAUGUUCAAAUUGGAACAACAAUUAUGAUACCUGGAAAAAACACCUGCAAUAAAGGAUGGAAAUUAGAGUAUGAAGGAAAUCUAGCUGCAGGUGCUGCUGGACAUGCUGCCGCCUCCACUUAUUUAUGUGUUGAUUUAAACCCAGAGUACCUUCACCAUGGGAGUCAUGACUACAUUGGAAAGCUGUUAUAUGAAGUAGUCGGCCAAUGUGGAUCCUUGCCUUGUCCUCCUUAUCGUAAUGGAUACCCUUUAACGUGUGCCGUGUGUUCUAAAUGAAAA